GUAUUUAAGCAGCAACCAGGAACUUUGCUGCUCUUAUAACGUCGAGAGCGUGAAGGCCUACAAAGCAAUCAGCAUGGUGAACAAUACAGAUACUGCUCCAAUUUGUGUGUUUCCUAAAAUGUUGUCAAUUCCUUUUGCAGUUAUAACACUCUGUGUUAUUAUAGGAAAUAUAUUCGUAAUCUUUUCUGUCUACAGAAUCCCAUCAUUGCGAAAACCGUGUUACCUAAUACUAGCUAGCAUGGCAGUUUUAGAUAUAUUAACAGGGUUUAUUGGCAUCUUUGUUGUACUCCGUCUUGCUCUUCGUGGACGAUUUUUUUACUUUGGAGAUACAGUUGGAUGGCUUAUUCAGAAACUGUCCGUAUCAGGUGUGGGAUUUUCUCUUUUCCACCAUAUGUUUUUAGCGGGAGAGAGAUAUUUUGCUAUCAUGUAUCCAUAUGUGUACAAUGUAAAAGUACACACUCGAUCGGUAGUAAUAUUUCUAAUUGUUGUGUGGACAGUAGCACUUUUAGUGAUGGCUGUUCUCCUCUCACCAUUGUACAAUGAGGAUGUGUAUAACGAGGUGAGUUACAUAGGCACUAUUUUUGUUGCAAUUCCUAUGUACGCCUGUCAUCUGCGUAUAUACUGCAAAGCGAAAAAAAUAUCUAGGCAGGUGGCAUCCUCAACAAGCCAGGCAAUACAGGCUAGGAAAUCCGAUUUCAAAGCAGCGCUGGUAACUUCAAUAAUACUUGGUGUUUUUAGCAUCUGCACACUGCCUUUAACUAUUCACAAUAUAGUUGCCCAAGAAGAAAGCCGUCGAUGCAGCCUGCUAUUCUAUGUCUUUUUUUUACUGGUAUACAUGACGUCAAUGUUAAACCCGAUUGUGAUUCUUCUAAUUUUUAUUUAUUUAUUUAUUUAUUUUUUGUGUAUUGCCAUCGGAUACAAAAGAAAUAUAUUCGUAAUUGUUUCUGUCUACAAUAUCCGAUCGUUGCAAAAACCGUGUUACAUAAUAUUAGCCAGUAUGGCAAUCUUAGAUUUAUUAACCGGGGAGAAUUUUCUUGAACUAAAUGCAAAGAAAACAAAGGAAGUUAUUGUCGAUUUCAGAAGGAAAAAUAAAACUAAUCAUGAAAAUAUUGUAAUCGAUAAUGAGAGGGUGGAAAUUGUUGAAAAACACAAGUAUCUGGGACUGAUUAUUGAUAAUGAACUUAACUGGGAAAGCAACACUAAAGAAAUCCGUACCAAGCAUCAGUGUACUACCUUCAACUAUUCACAGCAUAGCGUUUGCCCAAGAAGAAAGUCGUCGGUGUAG